AUGGCGUCCAAGAUCGAAAAGAUCAUCGCGCGGCUGCAGAAGCGCAUCGCGGAGGGGGCCUUCGAGGAGCAGUACGAGGCGGCACAGGAGACGCGGCUGGUGGCGGCGCGCUACACGAAGCAGGCCAACUGGCCGGCGGCCGUCGACAUCCUCUCCAACGUGUCGCAGGCGCUGCUGCGCGCGGGCCAGGGCGGCAGCGGCGGGGACUUGGCUAUCCUGCUGGUGGAUGUGUAUCGCCAGGCGGCGCAGAAGCCGGAUGGUGCGUCGCGUGGCAAGCUGUUGACGUGCUUGAGGCUGUUUGAGAGGGAGGAGCCGACGAGGAAGAAGUUUAUUAAGGAGAUGAUUGAGUGGUCCAAAAAGUUCGGCGAGUUUCCGGCCGGCGACCCGGAGCUACACCACGUGGUUGGCGCGCUCUUCGCCGAGGAGCAUGAGGCCGAGGAGGCGGAGCGGCACCUAAUACUCGGAACCAAGGAGUCGGCCGAAGUGCUCAGCCGGAUGGAGUACGACUGGUACAAGGAGGACGAGUCCCACACGGCACCCCUCUACUGCGCCCGCGCCGUCCUGCCAUAUCUGCUCGUCGCCAACGUCCGCGCCGCCAAUGCUUCAUACCGUACCUUCGUUAGCGCCCUGGCGGCCGAUAACAAAGGGCUUGCGGUGCAGGACGUAAGCUCGCAAGGUUCCGACGUUCGCAUCUUCCCCAGCCUGCCGCUACUCAACUUCCUUGGGUUGCUCCUCCUAGCAGUGCAAAAGGGCACGCCCGACUUAUUCCGGCAGCUGAAGACAAAGUACGGACCAAACAUCAAUGAGCUGGGUGACACUUGGGAUACGGCGCUGGAGAUGAUUGCCGAAAUGUACUUUGGCAUCCAGCGGCCGAGGCAAAGCAACCCACUGUUUGAUAUGAUGGGCAGCUUGUUCGGAGGCGGCGCGCCCGGUGGCGGGCAAAGUAGGCCAGCGGCUCGCCGGGUAGAGGCACCUGCUGCUGAGGGGCUGGAUUAA